AUGGAGCAGGCAAAGGCUCUCAAUGCGUUGGAGCCCUUCCUUGCCCUGUCCAAGGCAGCGACAGCACCACGGGCAGCAGCCGAUCUCGUUCUUCAAGCAACAUCAGCACCGAAUACAUUCAUAUUUACCGAACUUCUGGCCCAGCCAGAGAUACAGGCCCUCGCCUCAUCUGCCGACUACUCUCCAGCCCUUACAGUCUUACAGAUCUUCAGUUACGGCACCUGGGCUACCUACACCCAAACCCCCGGCCUACCGCCGCUCAAUGAUGCUCAGGCCCUCAAGCUCCGCCAGCUGUCGCUGCUCACAAUGGCUCGUGACAAGGCUGCGCUGAAGUACGGCGCCUUGAUGAGUAGCUUGCAACUUCAAACGAAACGCGAACUCGAGAGCCUCGUUGUCAGCGCUGUUUACGCUGGUCUAAUCGCCGCCAAGUUGGAUCCAGCUCACGGCGUCGUGCGUGUCUCAUCCGUCUCGCCCCUCCGGGAUCUCGCACCAGGAACUGUUCCACACCUUAUCAAUGAGCUUCACCAGUGGUAUGAUAGAUGCAGAUCUGCACUUGACGAUCUCGACGCGGAGAUUGCCGCAAUUCGACAGACCGCAGCGACAAGAGUGACAGAGAAGACAGAAUGGGACGCGAAGAUGCAACGUUUAAUUGAAGAUGAGAAAAACGCAGCAGACAGCGGCGGCGGCGGAGCGGGCUCGUCUAGGAAACUGCCUACGGGACUGGGUCCGGGUCGGCGUUUGGGGUUCGGUAAGCGAGCGAAUGUGGGUAGCAUGGCGGAUGCUGGCGACGAGGCAAUGGAUGUGGAUACAGAUGACGACGACGCCAACACCAAGAAGAGGUCAAGUCGAAGAAAGCUUUAA